CGCACGCAGUAGACGUUCGUGGAAACCAUGACAGUCUGAACAGAUGUAUGCAUGGCAUUCUAGCUGCUGACUUUCUCCUGCUGCUGUGGUCCCGUGGAUUAUGUACGUGGAGGGCCGGUGCGGGGAGAGGUGGAGCAGCCGCGUGAACAUGGAGCACGGCAACUGACUUCAUCUUUUGUGCUUCAGUGGAGGCAGCCGCGCUGUUACUCCCAGCGACCGCUACAACAGCCCAACAACAGGCGUCAUUCAGUGUCAGCCAGAGGAAGCAGCCGGAGCUCAGUCUCACACAACAUACCGUGCUACCGCCACAGGAGAGCUUCAGUUACCAACACCCUCCCUGUCAACCAUGUCUGCAAAGGCCCUGCCUGGACACCCAGUCUACAUUUGUGACUUGGAGUUAGACGUCUUGAAACCAAAGCACCUUUCCAAAAACCCCUGACUCUUGGUGUCUGAGGGCGUCAACUUCUUUCUGUUUCCACUUCCUGGCAUCUGCUGCUGUUCAGCAUUACCCCGCCUCUUGGCACUUGCAGGAUGUUCUUGUGGUUCGAGAGACGUCUUUGACUGUAUGUGGAUCCGGCACAGUUGCAAGUUGAAUCCUUACUUGCUCAUGGAACGUGUUCCAGUGGACUUUAAUCUCUGACCUGAAGAAAAUCAGACUGCUGCAAAAGACAAACAGUCACAGUCUUCAUCAAGAGACAGGAGCUUUAGACCAGGCCUCUCCAUCUCCCCUCCCCUGUACCAUGCUGGGGGCACUCCUGCGGAGGAACAUGUCCCAGAAGCUGGGCGUGCUGCUGCUGAUAUUUGGACUGGUAUGGGGUUUCAUGCUGUUGCGAUACACCGUGCAGCAGCCACGACAUCAGAGCAGUGCUGAGCUUCGCGAGCAGAUCCUGGAGCUCAGUCGGCGAUAUGUCAAGGUUCUGACUGAGGAGAACCAGAAUGGUGGACCGCAGGGAACCUCCAUGGCUGGUUAUGCUGAUCUGAAGAGGACUAUUGCUGUGUUGCUGGAUGACAUCCUAACACGACUGGUCAAACUGGAGGGGAAAAUUGAACUGGUGGUCAACGCCUCCUCCACUAACACUUCCCAAACAGCGGGGGGGGGCGACCUCGCCGCCAGCCACCCAGGGACAUCCCGCCUUCACCCUCAUGCCCCGCACAGGCCUCGACAGCAUCAAGGAGCAUAGUUUUUAUAGAUGUAUAGUGUUUUUGUUUUUAGCUUGUCACACUUUUCAGGCAUUUGUCACUGAUGCAACGACAUCGGACAAAUGGAAAGCAAUAGAGAGACGUGUGAACAUCCUCUUUAGAUUUGGUAAGCUUAACAAAAAUGUUCAGCCAGCUCAGAGGGAAGCGAGAGGACUUUUCCAUGCUCUAUCCUAUCAUAUGCUGAUAUUUAUUAAUAUUAUUAUUAUUUUUACUAAGACUAUUCAUUUUUAUAUUUUUAUCGCAUAUUUUAUUAGCGUUGUUUUACUCUGAGUCGCGGAGAUGGUUAAGUGAGCGCAAAGAGGUAUAACACUCGCGGAACUGAGACUGAGUCUCAUUUGCUUUUAUCACAUAAAAUGGCUUCACACACUCUACCUACAUUGUAAAACCUUUUACAACACUGCUUCAACAUAUCAAAAUGCUGACAUUUGCUGAAGUAUGCUGACAUACUUGAUAGUACAGUCACGAUUGUGAGGAACAUUUCACUUAUUUGCUGGUGCAGUUGCUAAAAUACUCUAUGAAGAAGAGUCUACUUUACUUAAAGCUUCAGCUUGUAGUGAUUUUAAGCAAAAACAAAACUGUCUUCACCUGCAAGAGAUAAUCCAAAGAAUGCUGUUUGCACUUCCAUUGGAGUCUAGUAUGUGUAUUUACAGUUGCCGUGAGAAUAUUCGGGAUAAUUGCAGAACUUGAUGGAACGAUGCCUAUCUGCCAAUGUUAACAUGAUCGUGUGUGUGUGUGUGUUUUGUCUCAGCUGUUACACAGAGGUGAGACUUGUUGGGCUAUGUUCACAUUACUAGCCAUAUUUUUCACAUCCCAUUUGAUUUACAUCAAGUUCAUUACAUGUCAGAUUUGACGGUUCACAUUCACAAGUACUGACUUUCAUGAGCACGUAACUGCCCUUUUUUCCCACUGUUUUUCACCAUCAACAGGAAAAAAACACAUCAUAUUUAUGCAUUGGUCAGAAACAGAACAUGUCGCGCUGAAUUUGUGGAUGGGAUUUUGCUCCAGAUGAUUGAUGAUUGUUUGGAAAUACCAAGCUGCUGAUGCUAAAGGCUUAAAAGCACCCUUGACCACUGUCACUCAUGUCACAUGGCCACAUAUCAGACGUGACACAAAUUUGAUUUUAAAUUUUUGAUCAGAUUUUGUGUCCACACAGCCCGGACAAAUAUCAGACGUGAGUCACUUUAUGAGACAUUUCAGCCUGGUGAUCUGAACGUAGCCUUAAAUGCACACGUGAAACAGAUUGAUUGUAUGUUGACUGUGUGGUUUGUUUUUAGCCCUGUAGUGCUCUUAAAAUGACUUAAUGAUGACUUACGGCUUACACAUGUUCAGGGUUCAUGAUGCACUGUGACUCAACAGAGAUUUUCUAUAAAAUGCCAAGCUCAUCACUCUUGAGUAUAUGGAUACUUUAGGCUCUGACAUAUUGAUUCUCUUGGCUCUGCUGAGUUUCUAGAGUAAGAAACAGCACCCUAUCCCGAUGCUCUUCAUCAUAAGGACUUUCUCUUGCCACAAACGAGAGCAAUACUUUCAUGAAUUAUUUGAGAAUUGUAUUAAUUACAGAUAUAUAAGUAAUUGAAACUAAAACAUGAAGAGAAUGUGAUUAGAAUAUAAACUAAUAGUAAUAGGUUACCAUGUACUUUGCUCCAUACUUUUGCUGACAUAUUACAACGUGAAUGGUAUGUGGAGUCCAUGAAGCAGAACUUUAUUUUACUGUUGUUUUUAAAACUGGUUUGACUGUGUUUACACUGAGUGAUGCCAUACUUGUACUUGAUGGUGGACCAGUCGGCUGCUGUGAAAUAGCUUUACUAAUAAAUUGAGCUAAAGGAAAA